UGAGGCUGAAGUAUACUUUCCCCGUUUUCCAUCCCUUACCGUAAUCCAAACAAGUCCACACAUUCUCAACUAGAUUAAUAUCAACCGCGUGUACACACACGCGCCUAAUACUCGCGUGUAAAAGAAUUUCGUUUUGGCGGUUUCACGUUCAUGCCCGUCACUUCAAAAAGUUUGCCAUGUCCGAAACUGUUUAAAAACCAACUCUCCUCCUUCACGUUUCAUCAUUUCUCCGUUUCAACUUCUUUUCAGUUUCUCUCCCUUUCUCCUUCUCUUCCACAAACCCUAACGCACACUGCAAAUUUCGCUCUCUGCAUUUUUUUCUACUUCACUCCAUGACAACCGAUUCUACCAUCGCCGUUCCUGUUUCCUCGAACGAUUGCGUCUCUUCCGAUCGGAAAUUCCUCAAGCACAUCCGUGAUAACGUUCACGGCAACAUCUUUCUCGAGCCUAUUUUCUUGAAGUUUGUUGACACAGAGCAAUUUCAAAGACUUCGUGAUUUGAAGCAACUUGGCCUAAGUCAUAUGGUUUACCCUGGGGCUGUACAUUCUCGUUUUGAACAUUCAUUAGGUGUUUAUUGGCUUGCUGGCAAAGCUAUUGAUAUCAUUAAAAAAUACCAGGGCCCCGAGCUUGGUAUUGAAAAAUUUGAUGUGUUGGCAGUAAAACUUGCUGGUUUACUGCACGAUGUUGGUCAUGGGCCCUUCAGCCACACUUUUGAGCGUGGGUUCCUUCCCCUAGUUCUUAAUGGCUCUACUUGGUCUCAUGAGGAAAUGUCUGAGAAAAUGAUAGACUACAUUGUUGAUCAACACAAUAUUGAUUUAGAUCCUCAACUCCUCAAAAAAGCAAAGGAAAUGAUCACUUCUAGCUCUGACCAUCCUCCUCCACAAAGAGAAAAUCAGUUCUUAUAUGAUAUUGUUGCAAAUGGUCGCAAUGGAAUUGAUGUUGACAAAAUUUGCAGGUUUGACUACAUUGUUCGUGAUUCACGUGCAUGUGGCCUAGGGUGCAACUUUCAGCCGGAAAGAUUGAUGGAGACCAUGCAAGUUUUGGAUAAUGAAAUUUGUUAUCGUGCUCAAGAUUAUCUGACAAUUCACAAGUUAUUUGCAACCCGUGCUGAUUUGCAUCGAACAGUCUAUACACAUGCAAAAGUAAAGGCUAUAGAGUUGAUGGUCAUUGAUGCAUUGGUGAAAGCAAGUCCAUAUCUUCCUAUUGCAUCCUCUAUUGAUCAACCAUGUGACUUUUGGAAGUUAGAUGACACUAUUCUUAAAACAAUUGAGACUUCUUCCCAGCAAGAGUUGAAGGAGUCCAGAGACUUGAUUCUGCGCAUUCACAGAAGAGAUCUUUACCAGUUCUGCAAUGAAUUCUCUGUUCCCAAAGAAAUUGUCAACAACUUCAAAAGCAUCACACCCCAAGACAUUGUUUGUUCCCAGACGAAUGGCUCCAAUUUGAAAGAAGACGAUGUUGUUGUGAGCAAUGUUAAAAUUGAUUUAACACGUGGGACGAAAAACCCUCUUGAAAGAAUUAAAUUUUUCAAGGACUACGAGAGUAAUGAAAAAUUUCCAAUCCAAAAGGAGCAAAUCAGUCAUUUGUUGCCAGCAUUUUACAAAGACAUCAUAGUGCGAGUAUACAGUAAGAAGCCUGAACUGGUGGAAGCUGUUUCUAAGGCUUUCGAAAAUUAUCAGCUCAAGACAUUUGGAAGGAAUGCACAAGUGCACGAAACCCCUGAGAAGAAGCGUCUUAAGUAUAAGACCUACCCUACUGGAUUUGAUCAUGUAGACAUCUACUAGUCUACUAGUGGUCCCAAAUAUUUACCAUAUCCAAUAUAAUGCAGUGGAUGGUACAAAGUCCUACUAGUUUCUUAAUUCUUGCUAUUUAGUCAACCAGAGGGGGGUACAUUUAGGGAAAAUGUAGUAUAUGAAUAUAUAAAAUGAAUGAUGUUAAGAUCUACCUUACUAGUGAUCAAAAUUGUGUUUUGAUUA